UCCUAUGUGCUGGAGCACCACCACCACGACCUCCUGGGCAUCCUGAGGGAAGCCGAUGGCGAGGCGCACUACCCCGUCGUCAUCGAUGCCCUGACACUCUUCGAGACCAACAUGGAGAUCGGGGAGUACUUCAACGCCUACCCUGGUGAAGUCCUGACCAUUUUCGACAGCGCCCUGCGCCGGGCCGCCCUGGCAGCCCUGCAGGCCGCCACUGCCUCGUCACAGCUCAGCCUGAAGCAGAACCUCCACGCCAGGGUCUGCGGUUUGCCUGUCUGCCCAGAGCUGACUCGAGAGCAAAUUCCUAAAACCAGGGAUGUGGGCCACUUCUUGUCUGUUAUGGGGACCGUCAUACGUACCAGUCUGGUGAAAGUUUUGGAGUUUGAACGGAGUUACAUCUGCAACAAGUGCAAGCAUGUGUUUGUCGUCAAGGCGGACUUCGAGCAGUACUAUGCCUUCUGUCGUCCGUCGGCCUGUCGUAACGAAGAAGGCUGCAGCUCAACCAAGUUCACCUGUCUCUCUGGCACAACCUCGUCUCCUGCCUGCUGCAGAGACUACCAGGAAAUCAAAAUUCAGGAACAGGUGCAAAGGCUGUCUGUUGGGAGCAUCCCUCGUUGCAUGGUGGUUGUUCUGGAAGAUGACUUGGUGGACAGCUGCAAGUCUGGAGAUGACAUCACGGUGUAUGGAGUGGUAAUGCAGAGGUGGAAACCUUUCCGUGAGGAUGCACGCUGUGACUUGGAGCUUGUUUUGAAAGCCAACUACAUUAAAGUAAACAAUGAGCAGCUAGCAGGGGUUGUAAUCGAUGAAGAAGUCCGCAAGGAAUUUGAAGACUUUUGGGAAAUGCAUAGGAAUGAUCCCUUAGCAGGGAGGAAUGAAAUUUUGGCCAGCUUAUGUCCUCAAGUGUUUGGAUUGUACCUGGUGAAGUUGGCAGUAGCCAUGGUGCUUGCUGGUGGUGUACAGAGGACUGAUGCUACUGGCACUCGAAUCAGAGGUGAAUCACAUCUUUUGUUGGUUGGAGACCCAGGUACGGGGAAAUCUCAGUUUCUGAAGUACGCAGUAAAGAUCAUGCCACGCUCUGUGCUCACAGCAGGAAUUGGAUCCACAAGCGCAGGGAACUUGUUAGGAAGCACAUACGCCUCAGGUUUUCCAUUUGGCUGUUGA